GAUGCGGAUGCUCUUAUAUUUUCCCAUUCAAGCGACAAAGAAGAAAGAGAAGGAAGAAAGAAAGAUCAGUAAUGGAAAGCAGGGGGAGGAGAUGCAGAGAGACAAGUCCAGACAGGGCCAAAGUAUGCGUGAAGCCAAGGGUGGUUGUGAAACCAACCUUGAGAAAGGUUCAAGUUGUGUAUUACCUCUCCAGAAAUGGUCAUCUUGAACACCCCCAUUACAUGGAAGUCACCCAUCUCUCCCACCAACACCUUCGCCUCAAAGAUGUAAUGGACCGCCUUACUGUUCUCAGAGGCAAAGGCAUGCCCUCUCUCUACUCCUGGUCUUGUAAAAGGAGCUACAAGAAUGGGUAUGUGUGGAAUGACUUAUCAGAAAAUGAUGUUAUAUAUGCAUCUGAAGGAGCUGAAUACGUUCUUAAAGGCUCUGAACUCUUAGAUGGAUCCACUGAACAAUUCAAACAACUUGAAGUUAGCAGCAGAUCACAGCAAGUCCCUGACCCCACCAACCACCCAAAACGCAAACAUUUAGCUCCAAAACGACACUCUGAACCAGAAGAAGUGGACAACAUUAAUCGAUAUGAAGACGAAGAUGACGUGGACAAUGAAGAAGAAGACGAAGAAGAAGAUGAAGAAGAAGAAGAAGAAGAAGAGGACAAGACGAGCUAUACAAGCUCUGUGACUCCGACUCAGUACUCUUCUCGGUGUUCUAGAGGAGUUUCCACUGAAGAGACUGCGACUGAGUUAAACCAACACGACUCCGCUCACAAAAACAACCCAACCUCCGAGUUAACUCCAGACAACUCGUCUCCUCCAUCAGCUACUUCUUCCGUUGUCUCUGACAAAGCCAAUGACACCAAUAACAACAGCAACAGCAACAACAACACAUCCAAACGAUUCGAAGAUGGCGACCCAGUUACCACUGAGUCAACACUGAGUCGUGGCUCGGUGCUACUCCAAUUGAUUUCUUGCGGCGGGUCGACGUCGUUUAGAGGAAAGACUGUGCCGGUCGUGAAGGAACAGUCGCCGCCGCCGCCGCUGCCGCCGAGGAAGAGUGGGACGGCGACAAGUCUUCAUAAAGGGGUGCUGUGUAAGACGGCGGCGAAGGUGGUGGUGGUGGAGGAGGAGAUGAUAAGGUGUAUGUCGGAGAAUCCGAGGUUUGGGAACUCACAAGGAGAAGAGAAGGAGUACUUCAGUGGGAGCAUUGUGGAGUCAUCAAUGGCGGAGGAGAGAGUUCAGGUUCAGCCAGGGUUGCAGAGAUCGUCUUCUUACAAUGAAGAAAGGAGUUGCAAAGCAGGAGGAGUGGGAGAAGAAGCAGUGGAGAAGGAAGAAGUUGAAAGAGAGAAACCAAAGAUGAAAGGCAAGUGCAUUCCCAUUAAUAAAAUGUCAUCCACUAAAAAACACCCCAAGAAAUGAUAGCAAUGUCUCAUCAGUUAAAAAGAGUUGUUGGAGUGACUAGUAGUAGUAGUAAAUUGUGAAGAAGGGGUAUUUAUUUGCUGUGGAUUUGACUUGUCGCAGUUAUCAUCAUCUUCCAUUUAUAUAUAGGGUUCCUAUCCUAGUAGAGCAAGAAGAAUUAACUGAGAAAGGUAAAAGGAAAAAAAAAAUGGAAAAAGCGAGAAACAUUUGGAAUGGUGAAAGGGCCAUGGCACUCUGUUCAUAUAGGUGCAGUGCAGGUGGGGUGGUAUGAUAGUUUUGACUUUUGGUGCUUAAUGUUAAUUGAUGAUGAUCUUAAUACA